AUGACUGUAAUUACAAGUUUUGGUCCCAGGGCACUGACCAAGAUCACCGAAUGCCCACAGCACCAGACACACUGCUUGUGCCAAAUGGGUUUUUUUCUGAUGGGAUUUUCAGACAAACCUGAGCAGGAAAUCAUACUUGCUUCUCUGUUCUUAGUCUUCUAUCUGGUGGCAUUAACUGGCAAUGUCCUAAUUAUCACAGCAACUUCCAUGGACAAUAGUCUCCAGUCACCCAUGUAUUUCUUCCUGAAACAUCUCUCCUUUCUGGAUCUGUGCUACAUUUCUGUGACUGUGCCAAGGUCCAUUUAUAACACUUUCAUCCACAGUGGCUACAUUUCCUUCAGGGAAUGCAUAGUGCAGUGUUUUGCUUUCACUCUCUGUGCAGCUUUUGAGAUGUCCAUGCUUACAGUGAUGUCCUAUGAUCGCUACGUGGCCAUCUGCCUUCCACUGCGCUACGAAAUCAUCAUGGAUGUCCGCACCUGUGUCCACGGAGUGAUAGGUGUCUGGAUCAGUGCGGUUAUUACUGGAACCAUGCACACAGCUGGAACUUUCUCCAUCCAUUUCUGUGGUUCCCAUAUCAUUCACCAGUUCUUCUGUGACAUCCCCCAACUCUUGAAACUCUCCUGUUCUAAUGAGUACUUCGGCGAGAUAGGGGUCAGUGUCUUCUUGUCUCUAAUGGCAUUUCUUUGCAUUAUCUUUAUUGGUUUGUCCUACACAAAAAUAUUCUCUACUGUGCUGAGGAUGCCAUCUGCUGAGGGCAGAGCUAAGGCUUUUUCUACUUGCCUUCCCCACCUCGCUGUCGUCAUUUUAUUCAUUUCAACAGGUGUCUUUGAGUAUCUCAAGCCAUCUUCUGACUCUCCAAGUGCACUGGACACUUUGCUCACUAUUAUGUACACAGUUGUGCCCCCAACACUCAACCCAAUGAUCUAUAGCCUGAGAAAUCAAGCUAUGAAGGCAGCUUUAAGAAAGAUUUUCCAAAGAAAACUCUGCUUUUUUUGUUGA